AGCAAGUCUUCUCUCUCACUCUUUUUCGUGCUGUGCACUCCUUUUGCAGCAAAAUGUUCGCCCUUCCACUCCUUCUCGCUGCUGGCAGCCUCCCCCUCAUUUUUGGGGCUCCAGUGCCAUCCUCUCUCUUGCUCGAGUCUAAGGAUACAGUGUCCACUCACUCUCUCAAUGGACGCAGCAGCAACUUGUACUCUGCAGUUUUCGGCGGCGACGGUUUGGUGUCGGACGGCUGGCCCGCUUUGGACCAAUGGAUCUCGAGCUUCGACGAUAUGUUCGAAAGCAACCGCGAUAUCAUGAAAACGAGCUGUGCUCAAUUUGACGUGGAGAACAACUCCGAUCAGGAGAUCGAUGACAUCAAGAGCGCUAUCAGCUCCAUCGCUGAGUCUACCGGUGUCGACUCCCGCUUCAUCCUGGCUAUUGUUAUGCAGGAGAGCAACGGUUGUGUCCGUGUCAAGACUACCAACUACGGCGUCAACAACCCCGGUCUGAUGCAGAGCCACGACGGAACUGGUUCUUGCAACGAGGGAACCCCUAUGACCCCCUGCCCCAUGUCCGAGAUCCACCAAAUGAUUCAAGACGGUACCGCGGGUACUUCUUCCGGUGCCGGUCUCAAGCAGUGCAUUGAUCAGUAUGGUGGUACCGGCGACGUGACCAACUACUACAAGGCCGCUCGCUGCUACAACUCUGGAUCAAUUGCCUCCAGCGGUAACCUGGGCGCGGGUAUUGCUACUCCCUGCUACGUUUCGGACGUCGCCAACCGUCUCCUGGGCUGGUCCAGUGGUGCUAGCAAGUGCUCCGACAGCUCUGUCGCCGACUUGACCGGCAGCAACUGGAGUGGUCAAUCUUCCUCUGACAGCAGCGACUCUGGCAGCUCCAGCUCCAGCUCCAGCUCUAGCUCUAGCUCCAGCUCCAGCUCCUCCAGCGCUGCUCCUGAGCCAACCACUUCCGCCCCCGCUGUCGCAACCCAGUCUGCCGUGCCUACCAUCACCCAGAGCGCUGCCCCCGUCGCCACCAGCAGUGCAGCUCCCACUGUGCAGCCCAGCGCCGCAUCCACCGUGGCACCCACCGUGACCCCCUCUUCAGCCGCCGCACCAAUGUACCCCCAGGCUAUCUCAUCCUGCAAACAGUACACAACCGUUACCGCCGGCGAAUUCUGCGACUUCGUCGACACCCUCUUUGGCAUUUCCCUGUCCACCCUGCAAAGCCUGAACCCAGGCCUGGACGAUUCAUGCUCAAAUCUGUGGCUGGGAUACCAGUACUGCGUGAAGGCAUGA